UCAAAAGGGAAGUGUUUGUCUCGACCAUCCAUUUGUGUUGGGCUGCAGUUGUGUGUGUCAAAUAGCAAAAUUCUUCACGUUUGGGAUGCAUUCGACAAGGUACUGACCAGUGCUACAAUUUCUUGGAGGGAAGAUUAAUUGAUAAUCAAAAGUGGUACGUUUUUCUCGGGGUUACGGGAAAGAAAACUUAACAAAGGAAGUCAGAAGCCGAGGUUUGUCGUCGGAGUAAUUAUGAACAUGAUGGCUUCUAGGACACAGAAUCCACAUGGAUUACGUCAAAUUAACUUGGACGAAAUCUGGGAUGAUCUUAAAGAAGGAAUACAACACGUUUAUAAGCAACAGAGUAUGUCAAAGCCACGCUAUAUGGAGCUUUAUACGUAUCCUUUUAAUGAGAAAUUUUACUGUACUAUGAUCAUGAAGUUGGCUUCCUUUGAGAAGUUAUAGCCAGCUUAAAUGUAUUGAUAAACGGAUUCAAGAUGGUAAUAAUCCGGUUGUGUAGUAUUCUAAUAGUUCAAAAGUCUAAUCACCUCAUUUUUAUAGAAUUCAUGAAAUUCGGUUUGUUUAAUGUUAUGUUUUAGUUUGCAGUUUCUCUUUGUUCCUGUCGAAUCUUUAUUGAAUUGAAAUGAAGUUGACACCUGAGUCUUAUCAAAUUCUGGUCCCAGGACCCCAGUUUCCACGCAUGUGGGAAUUGAUCGAUAUAUUAAAAUUCUAACAUGACUCUAAGGCUUUAGGGUCAAAAUUGCAAAUUUUGUACGACUCCAUUGUCUCACAAUUCUCAGGAGAGAUUUGAGCACAAAGAACACCAAACCAACUAUAGAAAAAUUACCAGAAAACCUCGAAGUCAUGUUAGAAUUUUAAUAUAUCGAAUGUGGGCCAUUAGAAAUAAUCUAUCUCUUUCAAUGUCAUCAUCUCUUUUCUACAAUAAUUUGGCUAGAGCACAUUGCAAAGCAGCCUAUCCUUGUGAAAAUGAAAGAAGCCAAGUUGUGUCUCUUCAAUCACACUAACUUACAGAGGUAACGUGAAAAGGGAAGGGAAGGGGAUGGGGGGUCUCUGAUGGGCUUUUUUUUUUUGGAUCAAAGAUUUGAAUUCUUGAGGCUAGCAUUGGCAUUAUCAGAGAAAAAGAGUUUUCUAAGCAGAUUCAAGAAGAAUGUAGUAACUGUUAUUCUUAACAAGACAGGUGAUUUCGGGUGAUUUUCAUGAUUCCAGAUUCAGGAAAAUAAUCUUGUGUAAUAGAAUUUACCUCCACAAGAGCCGUGAAUUGCAGUCACUUUUGACCCACUUGCUGUGACAGGGCUCAAAGUUUAAACUUCAGUUUGGGAGUACUUGUGCUACCAGAUGUAAAUUUUUAGGUGCACAGCUGAAAAUUUGAGGACCACAGCUUGCAAUGUUAGGAGCAUCUAUUUCAAAAGAAAAAGUAACAAGCUUAACAGUGCCACAUUUAAAAUGUCAUCUUCAGUUUGUUACUUUUAUUUCAAGCCUGUGAUUGAUAAAAGACAGCCAAUUUGCUAUCCAGUAAUACUGUUGUGAUUUUUAACACUAAUUUCUCUUUUUGACAGUACAGUUGUGACUAAAGAAAACUUACACUUGAAAAAAGUGCACAACAACAAUGAGUAUGUAGAAUGAGAAUGAAAAUUAAUCUUUGACGAAUUAUUUCGUUAAAUGUGCAAUGACUUACAUAUUACUGGGUUGUGACUUAAAAACUUUCUCAACUGGAAGAAAAAAAAUGCUCUUAAUCCACACUGUUUUUGUUUUGAUAUGCUUGACACUCUUGACCUUAGAACGAUCACUUCCCAAGAAGCAUAUGUUCGUCCGUAGCAUACAUGUAUUUACAUGUGUCACCAGCAUUUAUUACAAACCAGAAGAGUCUGGGAUAGAGUACAACAUCGAAUUCGAGCUUGGAAUGAAUGAAACAUACACAGAUGAAACAAAAACAAUGUAACUUUAUUAUUUAGAGCCUGGUUGUGGUACAUGUAUUUCUACAUUACUUUUACUUUCAUUUCAUGAAGUUACCGUUUAAUUAACAUCUUACUGCUUCAAGUACGUAAGUAUGUUCAGGCUAGGAAGCAGGGAAGCAAGUCAGUCGCACUGUGCUUUGGAUUUUGUGGUGCACAGGUGCAAUAAAUAUUUAUUGCACAUGAUUUUUGAGGCACGCAACCAAAAAUCCAGUUGCAUAUGUGACCAGGUAGUUGUUGACUUUGAGUCCUGUGUGACCAUACCACUUUUCCUAUGUGGCUUUUUUGCACUAGGCCCUUAAGGACCAAACAAUGAGGAUUUUUUAAGACUUUUUUAAUUAUAUAAAAAUAACAUUUAUUUGAUAACAACAGGAUUUUUUAAGACUUAUCUUUGGGGUCCAAAUUUCAGGAUGGAGGGAACAUUUUGGUUGAAACGAUGGCAUUGAAGAACUGUAUUAGAGAACAUUAUUUUACCAAAGUGUGCAAAAUCAUCUAAAUUCAAGAUCCCUGACAACUUUACAAAGUCAGAUGUGUUUUGCCCGGAUCUUUUUCUUUUAUUGCAAAAGGGCAAGCAGUGUUGUUUUAUGUUAUGUAUAAUUAUUUUUGGAAGAUUUGGCCAUUUGGGGGGUAUCAGUAGUCUUUUGCUUUUCACAGAGAAAGUGUUGAAUCCUUUUUUUGUUUUUUUUUUGUCUUUUUUGGCUUCCAUUUUCACUUUUUUUGCAUUGGCUUUUCAGUUUUGACCAACAUGAAAGAAGUUUCAGAUUUUGCUUUCAUAUAUAUCCAAUUUUCAGUUUAAAGCAAAAAAGAAUGUUCCUAAAAAGAGGAAGUACAAGCUUAAACUGAUGCAGCUGUGAUUUUUUAAGACUACAGUGUGAUAAAAUUUAAAGCCAAUUUCUUCAUUUUAGAUUAACUCAAAACUAGCUUACAGCUCUAAAGUUUUAUUUGUUUUUGGCACUGUAAGCAAAUAAUCCAGACUUGUGUUUAUUCAUGUAAAUGACAUAUCUGUUGUCAUGAAACCAGGCAGAGAAAAGAAAAAGAGGCUGGCUUUGCUAUAGAAUUUUGCAGGAACACAAUAAUGCAAGUCACCCAUUCUUUUUAACAUGGUUUGACUUUCUUAGAAUUCAACAAUUUACAGGGUCAGAAAUCACAACCAGCUGGUUGAAAUACACCUAGAAAUUGAGAGCUGAUGACCAGAAUUUUAAUUUCCUUCCAUUAGGUAACAAAGAAGCUGCUAAAGAGGUUUUUUCAAGGGCUAGAUAAAGCAUGGGUUUCAGAGAUAAAAGAAUUUGAUAUUGCUAGGUUGAGAAACAACAAAUCACGGAAACAACAUGGCAGCUUGCAUCUUGACCGCCUUGUGGUUAAAAAAACUGGGGUCAAAAUUCCCUUCUGUGCAGUUUUGAACCUCUAUUUGAAGGGCUUUGUGAUUUUUUUUAGUCUCCUAUAUAUAUGUCCCUCCAUUGGCUAGGUUAUAUUGUCUUUAUGUUCCUUGAUGGUUUCUAGACAUGUAUAUAAUUACUGCACUAGUGUUCAUCAGCAGUCUCAGUCAAGAGUUCCUAAACAGAAGAAAGCACCUAACCAGGGAGGUGAGUAUUGUCAAUGCAAUUGUGCAAAAUUUUCCGCAAUAAUUUGUUGUGUUAAGGUUACCGCUAUAUACCUUCGAGGGCCCAGUUGUUUGAAGGCCGAUAAGUGCUUAACCAUCUGGUGUUCAAAAGCAUUUUCUCAGAUAAUUUUCUCUGUUAUUUUUAGAGUUUCCAAUCAUCAACUUGUAGACAAAAAGAAUUAAAACUGAAAUGCCUUUUAAGCUUUCAUAUAUGAAUUCAAAACUCACACUAACCCUGGGUUAUCUCAACCCAGCUUUGAACAACUUGGCCUAGGGUGUCUCACCGCGACACAUUUUUUUAGCUCUUUGACUUCAAAAAGACUAGAAUAAUCAGAUAAGUGAAAAACAAAAAUCACUUUGAGUUUUAGCUUUCAAAAGCUGUUUCAGACUCUCACAUUAAAAAAUCAUAAACAAAUUGACAGCAACUCAGUAAACUUUAAUUUGGUAUCUCUAACCUUAAGAUCAAGUUGCAGUGUCAGUGGUUUUACCACAAGCUGCUUGGACAGUGUUCUUGUUUAAACAUGUUGCUUUCAGUGAUUGUCAGGGUUGGUCAUGAGCAGUUUAGGUUUAUUCUGAAACAAGAAAAUUGAGGAUCAUUCCAGGUUAAAAACCUAUAAUCUGAAUUGAAUUUUGACCUUAGGUGUAUAACAUUUAUAUUUAGGCUAUCCAAUAACAGCAAAAAGUUUUCUCUUGCUUUUAUUAAAACAACCUAAGUCCUGUAAGAAUAGUUUAUCUAAUGUUGAGUUUGGAAUGGCAUUACGGCUUAAUAAUAAAGGCUUGUUGGGUAGAAAUAUACUCCCAUUUUAUUCCCAAGAUGGGAACAUAUCUUCUCCAAACACUCUCAUUUCAAAGCUAUAAUGCCACAUCAAGUUUCAAUGUAUGUUUGUGAUUUUCAAACACAUUACCAUACCCCUUAAAACAAAGGAAUAUAAAAUUGAUUUUGAACCAAAGAUAGAACUACACCACCACAUUAUUAUCAAUUCUAAAAUGUAACUCCCAUCUUUAACUGCCUCCUUAGAGUUGUUAGUACAUUUACUGUGAGGGACAGUCUAACCUGUCCUCAUGGACACCUCUAUAAUACGGACACGUCUCUUUUACAGACAGUUCCUUUGGUCCCAGAAAUGCCAAAAAUCAUACAUUCCCUACCUCUAUAACACGGACACCUCUGUAAAACAGAUGCUUGGUUCUGUCCCUUUGGUGUCCGUAUCAAAGAGAUUUGACUGUAAUCCAAAGUUUAAGCUAACUAUUGACUCAGUCACUUAACCUCACUUUACAGGGGCUCAAUUUGUUGGUCAUGAAUUGUACAAAAGACUAAAGGAAUUUCUCAAGGCUUACCUCACAGGCAUGCAAAAGGUAAGUAAACUCACUUGUGGUUUGCCUGGCCAGGCUUUAAAUAAUUACUCAUGUACAUUACAUACAUAAGUUGUGUUUAAACCACUUGUUGUUAAGACCCCUAAUUUUAUGUAUAAACAGAGUGUGUCAGUUUAUAAGGACUUAGUUCAGCGACAUUUUAAGUAUUGUUCUCCUUUGUGGGACACCUACGGCAGAUUAUUGAAAGAUAAUUUGUAAAGAUUCCAGUCACGUACUGCUAGAGUUCUCACAGGAGUCAGUUAUGAUUUUCGCUCUGCAGUCUUAAGUGACACUCUUUCUUGGCAAACACUUAAUGAUAGAGGGCGCUGUGCAAAGUCAAUCUGGUAUGUAAAAGUAAUAUUAAAUGACCACACUGCCCCCAGCUUAAGGAACUCUUUGGUUAGAAGGAAUGUCAAUCAAAAUCAAUAAUUCCACGCUUUCCAAGUGCAUAUUAGUGCAAUUAACAAAUAAAGAGACAAAAUUAAAGUCAAAGUCCCUUGAGAACAUCAGUGGCUUGAAUUGGGAAAAUAAAACGUACAAGCUAAAAAGGUCUAAAAAAUAAAAUUGAAAAACUUUAUCGUUCUUACAUUUAAUUUUCAUUUCAGGAUGGUUCAGACCUUAUGGAUGAAUCAGUGCUGAAGUUCUAUACCCAGCGCUGGGAGGAUUACAGGUUUUCAAGCAAGGUUUUGAAUGGGGUUUGUGCAUAUCUAAAUCGACACUGGGUGCGACGAGAGUGUGAUGAAGGAAGGAAGGGCAUAUAUGAAAUUUAUUCUGUGAGUUGGUGCUUCCUGUUGUUAUUGAUGUAAUAAUUAAAUGUAUUGGUUUGUAUAAAACCAUUAUGAGAAGAAAGUUUUGGUUAAGGAAAUUAAAACGUGGAAUUGUGUAAUCAAUCUUUAAACAUGUGGCACAGCCAUGGGUCUUAGACUUACCAAAACACUAACUGUUAGUGUUUCGCUUGACUAGUUUUUUAACUAUUUGUGGGUAGAAUUUGUACUAUUCAGAUUGUAACUAUCUCUUUCUUAAAAGAGUAGGUUGUUGUAGUGUACCAAAUGGCUUAAAAACCUUUUCAGUGAAACUGGGGCAAAGUCCAGGCUCCGACUUAACUCAUCAUGGAGCUGUGGUGUGACAGUCUAAAGAAAACCUCCUUAGCAUUAUUUUCUCAUGGUUCAUUUUUUUCCUUUGUUUUGUGUCUGGGGGGGAUCUACUGUAGCAGUGUUGACGUAAAUGUUGUUGUUUUUGCAGCUUGCUUUAGUGACCUGGAGGGAGAAUUUGUUUAGACCUCUUAAUAGACAGGUACUAUAACUAUCGUUCUAAGAGAGCUACUGUCUUGAUUAAAUUUUUUAGCUCAUCAGUACAGUGCAUGCAUGUAUUUCAUAUCCCUGGUGCUUUUAUCAAGCUAUUCAUCUGCAAAUAACACAGUGCUACAAUUAUGUACUCUUCCUAUACGGUUGUUUUGUUUCACAAGAAUGACUUAAGAACAUGACAAAAGUCAGCUUCAGAGGUCUUUGUUACCUUCCAUUCAGUCCUUUGUAUUAUUAGCAACAGCAAUGAUAGAAGGAAAAACAACAAAAAAAACUAUAAGCGCUAUUUCCAGGUAAACUUUCAAUAAUGCAUAUUGUAUUAAAUGCAAUGCAUGGACUAUUUAUAUUCAUGAAUUAUCUUUUUAUCUGGAAACAGAGAUUAUUGCUUUUUUUGAAUGUAUACCUAAUCAGAAGGGGAGGCAAAUAUACAUGUAAAGUCCUUUGACUAGAUACUUGCCUGUAAAUGUGGUUAUCAUGUUGUUUUUUCCAAUUUCAUUUUUUUUUUGCAGGUGACAAAUGCUGUGUUGCGGUUAAUUGAAAGAGAAAGAAAUGGUGAAACAAUCAACACCAGACUCGUCAGUGGAGUAAUACAGUGUUAUGGUAUGUGAUCAAAAUACAGUGGAACCUCGAUAAACCUCAUUAUAGCAAACAAAUUUUGACAGUCCCUUGGGCCUUUGUUAUAUGAAGUUCCACUGUACUAUGGAAUUGCAAAAGUCACGUCCUAUCAUAUAUGUUUGCAGGGAUGUUGCUAAUAGCCAGCUGUCAGCUACAUGUAAUUUCACUGGCUGAAUAGAGCUUAUCACUGCCUCAAAUUGCUCUAGGAAACCCAACACAUGGGCGAUUUUGAGAGUGAAGUUGGAGAAAAAUCCAGCUUGACAAAUAAAAAAGCCUGCUUAGAUUUUCCUUAGCUACAUCCUUGUGUUUAAAAUUAGGUGUUAAACUGUAAGACGGCUGUGACUGCAAGACUGCUGAAAUAAAUGUUAAAUAUGCAGGCAAAAUCUCUUACUGAGCAAGGAAAGUAAUGCACAUACAUAUACAGUCAAACGGUUAACCUGUGAAUAGUGGUCAUGCUUGGGAAAUGGCAAGGUAACCGUUAUAUACAAGGUGACUGCUAUAUACACGGCCAUUAUAUACAGGUUUCACUGUAAUAUUAUACAUGUGUGUCUGCUCUGUGGGUUGUUCUAACGCAAAAUAAUUGUCAAUUAAGAAAACAAUUAGUCAUCCUUAGAAUAUUAUGCACUAUGCAACGACAAUUAACAGUUACUGUUCUUCAAGUAUUUGAAGAGGUUCUCGGAAA